UGCUGAAGCCGCUGUUCCUUCGCCAGAGCAAUGCCCAUGCUGCCUCCCCGCGACAGUCCGUGAUCCAUCCGCAAUGCCGCCGGCUGAACUCCGGCUCCUCACUUGUUCCCAUUGACGUCAAAGUUACUGGACAGGGCAACGCAAUCAAGAGUUUCUGGCGAACAUGGGAAGGCUGUUUCUUCAGUGAAAGCUUUCUUCCAUUCUCCGUGCAUCCAUCAUCACCCGCUUCACGACAAUGGCAGAAAAGAAGACCGUCGCUAUCAUCGGAUCCGGCUGGGCUGGCUUCACGCUUGCACACUCACUUUCACUAGCAAAGUACAAUGUCUACGUUAUCUCGCCGUCUCGGACAAUUCAGUACACCCCGCUCUUGGCCAGCGCGGCUGCGGGCAUGUUCAACUUUCGACUCGCCGAGGAACCUGUCCGUCGACGCAACCUGACCCACGGACUGACUUACUACAAGGCGACGGUGGAGAGCAUCGACUUUGAUAAGAAGGAACUCCUCUGUCGACCUGCAGUCAAGGAUAUUGCAGAGCAGCAUUUGCACGACGAGCAUGACUUUACCUUGACGUACGAGAAAUUGAUCCUCGCACCGGGCUGCGACGUCGAGACAUUCGGAACGCCCGGAGCGCUUGAGCAUUCGUUCUUUCUUCGAACCACAGAAGAUGCCCGCCGCAUCCAGCAACGCAUCUUGGAAAUGGUGGACGCGGCUACAACGCCUGGCAUCACCGAGACUCAACAGCGUGAUAUCCUUCGCAUUAUCGUCGUGGGUGGAGGGGCAAUUGGAAUGGAAGCUUGCGCGGAAUUGUACGACUUGUGGUACGAUGACCUCCGACACGUGUAUCCGCACCUCAAUGGCAAGUUGAGUGUGGAGGUGCACGAUGUGGCCACAUCGCUUCUGGGAACUUUUGACAAGAGAUUGGGCGAGUACGCGACUCAGAAACUGGUCAGCCGGGGUGUGAAGAUCGAGACCGGGAGCCAUAUCGAGAGGGUUGAGCCCGGUGCGAUCUGGACGAAAGAGCGGGGAGAGAUCAAAUAUGGACUUCUCAUCUGGGCCACGGGCAAUGGCGUCAGUCCGCUUGUGAAGCAAUUGGAUGUCAAGAAGAGUGGCAGGCUUCAGCGUAUCUCGACAGAUGGACACCUUCGAGUCUUUGGAUCAUAUGACGAGUUACUCAAAGAUGUCUACGCUAUUGGCGAUGCUGCCGAUAUCGAAGGCUAUUCUCUUCCGACUCUGGCUGAAGUCGCGGUGCAGAAGGCGCAGUAUCUCGCGAAGAAUUUGAACAAAGAAGCGUCGAAUCCUGAAGCGGAGACGGAGGCUUUCAAGUAUAAGCAGAAGCCGAAUUUGGCGUACCUGGGGCAGCGAGAUGGCGUGAUUGGAGGCGAGCAGGAAUGGACGACGGGGCAUUCGGCCUGGAUUGCGUGGAGGAGUGGUAGUAUCUACCAUUGGCCGAGGAGUUGGAGAAGGACGUUGAUGAUUGGGAUUAGUUGGUUGUUUAAUUCGGUGGGAGGGAGGGAUAUUGCGAGGAAGUGGUAG